AUGGCUAGUCCCACCGUUCUCUCUUUUGAUGCUGAGGGCCGUCCGAUUCAGUUUGAUGCUUGGCUCGAUGAACUGCACCUGUUCCUACAGAUCACUGCUAAGGACGACAUCUCGCUGUAUGAUCAGGCGCCCGCAACCGCUCUAGCACAUGCUGAGACUGCUAACAGUACAACUCAUUCUCAGUGGCAGACUCGUGACGCUCACGCUCGCCUAGCCAUUCGCAGCCACCUGCCGUUAGAUGAGCGCGUGCAUUUUGGCCAGCACAAGACGGCUAAGGGACUGUACGAUGCUGUAGUCGCGCGCUACUCCUCACCCGCCUCUGCCACGAUCGGCCGUCUCUCACUGCCCUAUCUUUUCCCCGAUCUGUCCGCCUUUCCCACCGUCGCUGACCUCAUCACCCACCUCCGCACUAGUGACACUCGCUACCGUGCCGCCCUUCUUGCUGAAUUUCUCACCAAGAACCCCCUGCCGAUGUACCUCACUCUCUACCACCUUGUUACCCCACCGCUUGCAGUUGAGGCUAGCAUAGUCGCUGUAGGUGCCUCUCGCGGUGACCCUCGCACGCCCUUCUUCGAAGGGUGUUCCCCUUCCCCCCUUUUCCCCUCAUUCGCCUCUGCUGCUGCCGCCGACUACCUUGGAGCUGAGGAAGUCGGGGCUGCGUCCGCUUCUAGUGGGAGGCACAAGGGCGGCAAGGGCAAGGGGGGCAAGGGUGGUGGGGGUGACGGCGGGGGAGGCGGUGGUGGAGGCCGUGGCGGCGGUGGGGGCGGUGGCGGUGGUGGGGGUGGUGGCGGGGCUGGGGGAGCCAGUGGCGGCGGCGGGGGUGGUGGCGGCAGUGAUGGUGGAGGUGGCCGGGGUGGGGGCGGCGGUGGUGGCAGCAGUGGGCGUGGUGGCGGUGGCGGGGGUGGUGGUCGGGGUGGGCCGGCGCAGCGUGGAGGUUCCGGUGGUGUCCAGCGCCAGCAGCAGCGUCUCGGAGAGACCCCGUCGCCCCAGCAGCUUCGUGAGUGGUACUCUCAGCAUGGGGGGUCUGGGGGUGGAGGUACCUGCCCGUAUGUCAUCCGCACAAGUGACCGCGCGGGUCAGACGUGUGGGAGGCCCCACACGCAGCAGCGCUGCUUCUCCCGUCUCGACGACGCCUGGCGUGCACAGUUCCAUGACGCCUCCGAGCUGCCCCGCUGGGCUGAUCUGCUUAAAAAGAACAUUGAUAUCUUUGCUCUUGACUUUGUUGUUAUCCUUGGUGCCAUGUAUGCAUUGACUAUUAGUGUUGAGGGUGACAGUUACCUGUGUGCCCCGCCCGACCCGGGCAUUGAGACCAGUGAGGCUGCCGCUCUAGGUGCUAGUGCGUCUGCUGCCCCAGGUCCUAGUGAGGCUACUGCUCUAGGUGCUUGUGAGCCUGCUGCUUUAGGUGCUCGUGAGUCUACGCCUUCAGGUACUUCGUCUACUGAGGCACUGCACACCUUCACACUGGACUCUAGUGCUUCCCGGUGUUUCUUUCGCAACCGCACUGCCCUAGCACAGCUCCCUAGGCCUGUUGCUGUCUCCCAGGCUGACCCCUCCGGGGGUCCGGUCCUUGCAACCUCCACCACUGCACUCCCUUGUCCUGCUGUCCCAUCCGGCACACUGUCAGGUCUUUACCUCCCCUCGUUCUCUACGAACUUGGUGGCGGGUUCCGCGCUCCAGGACGCGGGUGUUCACCAGUUCACCCCUGCCUAUGAGCGUGUGACACACUGCACGUGUGCUCAGACGGGUCGUCACCUGACUACCUUCACUCGGCAGCCGGGGUCGGACCUGUACACACUGACCACUAAGUCCCCUCAGGUAGCUGCGUCUGCGUCUGCGUCAGGUCAGUUGUCCGCCCCCUGCUCGUGUCGCACCUUGUCGCACCGGAUGGUCCUCUGGCACCACCGCCUUGGUCAACCUUCGAUGCAGCGCCUUCGUAGCAUGCACUCCCGUUACCUUGUCUCUGGUCUCCCCAGGUCACUGCCUCCCCUGCCACCGUCCCCUGCCCCUCCCUGCCUUCCAUGUGUCGAGGGGCGGCAGCGCGCCGCCCCUCACUUCCCUGAGUUCCCCUCGACGGAGGCUCCUCUGCAGUUCCUUCACAUGGACGUGUGGGGCCCAGCCCGCCUGGAGAGGCGCUUUCGCACGGACCUUCCCGUCCUACGACUGCACUCUAAUAGAGGUGUCCGGUACGCCGCCCAUCAGCUCAACCUCUGGCCCUGUGUCUCCGUUCCGGAGACCUCACCGACACUGCGUUGGACGGGAGAGGCUGGCGAUGCGUCGGUGUUCCGGGUCUGGGGUUCUCAUGCCUUGGUCCGCGAUACGUCAGCGGGCAAGCUCUCCUCCCGCGCCGUUCCUUGUGUCUUCCUUGGCUUUGUCCCCGACGCGCCUGGCUGGCAGUUUUACCACCCCACCUCGCGCCGUGUCUUCCCCUCUCAGGACGUCACGUUUGACGAGUCGGUUCCCUUCUACCGUCUCUUCCCCUACCGCACUGCCCCGAUCCCCCUCCGCCGCUCUUCCUCACGCCAGGUGCUGCUUUGGUAG